CCUUUGUUAGAGUGCGCGCAUGAAUUCAAAGUGCACCGACAUACCAAGCGGUAGCCUAGUUUCUAACAAUAAAUCCUCAUUUCUGCAGCCUGCAAAGUAAGUAAAUUUGGCUCAGUAAAAAGGAACCUGACAGGAAACAUUUUGCACACGUAAUUUAUUAAUUCAUCGUGUACUGAUGCAACGUCCCCUGCUCUUGAAUGUCACUGUACAAGUGUGCGUCUCGCAUACAAAGAGCCCCACGGGUUUCAGUUUUGUUUUGGACCACCACAUCCUGUGGAUCCCUCGGCCUCGUUGACAGGAAAGCAGCAGCCGCCAUACCGACCAUGGCGCAAGACACCUGCUGAUGCAUUUCCCCUGCAGGCGGUCGCUAAAGAAUGAUUGGGGACUCCAGUCCGCUGGCUGCAGCCCUGGGUGUCGUGUUGGUGAUGGGGUUGAGUCUGCUGUCAGUCCUCUGCCUGCGGUGCAAAAAGAAAUCAAAGAUCAUACACGAGGAGCAUCAAAUAUACAACCCGCAGACGUUCCAACGUGGGGGGAGUGUGUUUGCUGUGACACAAUCAAAAACAGUCACCAGACCGAAUCAGAUCACCUGCGCCGCAGCUGAAAAAACAGAGGAACUUGGGGACUUUUCGACAGCAGCAGAAAUGGAUGAUCAGUCGGACUAUCAAAAUAUCUCAAAUGCUCAAACAGGAAGUGUGGAACACACAUAUGUAGCUCCACUUGCAGACCUCGUGUAUGAAAAUGAACCAGACGCAACUGAUGCUGAUCCAGGUGUCUAUGCUAACAUCCAGGUUCCAUCACCUCCAUCCAGUACAAACGAGGAGGACGACUACGAGAACACAGAGUUUCUGGAACAAGUGGUGCAGGAGCAGGACGACUAUGAGCCGGACUACGUGAAUGAACACGGCUGACUGCGCGGGACGUGAACCUCGGCCUGCACUCUGAACUUUGUUGAGUUUAAGUUUUUUUUUGUUUUUUUAUCUGCGAACGAGGAUGUAAGUUACCAAGUACCUUAGUUGUGUGUUGAAGCUGAGCUGAGUGGUGCUAAAUCCAGGUGACAAUGUAGGAAGGCUCAAGUGGUGUCACGUCACUCGCCCCACAGGUCUUUUAAGCUUGUUUAAAGUAGAUCAACAGGAAAGUUUAAUAUUGAAAAUGUAAACACGUCAUAGAAGUUUUUCUAUUUAUUCAUAUCCUAAACAAGAUUUAGUAAUGAUUUUUUUAAUACAUUUUUUUCCUAUUCAUUAUUUACAGUACAGUAUUUUUUUUGCACCGCCUGAACUCUGUAUAAUAAACGUGUACAUGUUAAAUAUACAUUUUGUUAUGGUCCCCUGACUUUCUACUGUAGAUUCUUCAUCUGUACAUUCCCAUAUGUCUCGUGUGUAGCAUCUUAAAAUCAUAAAAAAGUACACGCAUACCAUGUAGUGGAGAAAA